CGCCCGACCUCCAACACGAACCUCCAUUCGCAUACGGACAAUUCACCAACGCAGGGGCCAAUUCCCCCACCCAAAACGGUGACCUCCUAGUUUCACAUCCCACACACAUCGCAAAAUGUCCGUGUUUCGCGCCGGCGCCCGCGCGCUCAUCACAGGCGGCGCGUCCGGCAUCGGGCUCGCGGUCGCGGAGCUGUGCCUUGGCCGCGGCAUGCGUGUCGCCGUCGUCGACUUCAACGAGCAGACUCUAGAUCUUGCGAAGAAGAAUUUGAGUGCCAAGGGGGAAGUGCAGUGCGUAAAGGCGGAUAUCCUCUCCACGAACCUCUACGGCGUCCUCCACGGGCUCAACACCUACAUCCCGUCCUUCCAAUCGCGCGCCCCCAGCGCGCCCCCCGCCGCCAUCGUCAUCACAGGCAGCAAGCAAGGCAUCACCAACCCGCCGGGCAACCCUGCCUACAACGCCAGCAAAGCGGCCGUCAAGACACUAGCGGAGCAUCUGAGCUGGGACCUGCGCGAGAAGGAGAACGUUGGCGUGCAUUUGUUGGUGCCGGGGUGGACGUUUACGGGGCUGUCCGGCAACACGCCCGGCUCCUCAGCCUCCAAACCCGCCGGCGCCUGGACCCCCGCCCAAGUAACAGCCUACAUGCAGCAAAAGAUGGAAGCCGGCAAGUUCUACAUCAUCUGCCCGGACAACGACGUCUCGGCGCAGACCGACAAGAAGCGCAUGCUGUGGAGCGUGGGGGACAUCGUCAAGGAGCGGCCGCCGCUGACGCGGUGGAGGGAGGAGUAUAAGCGCGAGGCGGAGGAGUGGAUGGCGGGGGUGGAGGAUGUGGAGAAGGUGUUGUGAGAACCUCUUGCGGUAGGGAAUUCUCCAGAUCUAAGGGCUCGCCGGAUAAGAAAGUAAAAUUAGCUUGUGUAUUGUACGCACCUACGGAGGCCUCUAAGGUAGCUAUUGCGCACGUCGAUCUAUCCGGAAA